CGCACGUCCGUCAAGCCCGACCAUCGCAGCCAGAGUGAGGAGAACAGGUUGAAAGUGCUUCUGGAGGCUCGUACAAUCAUAUACUGUUGGUUGCAGAUUGUAACCGGACCUAACACGCAAGCUGGAAGGGCUCAGUGCAGCGUGGGUGCCCAGGGAUCCACUGCCUGAGUGUGGGGAGAGUAGCAGCCGAGACCCCAAAGACAUGAACCACACUAAGGGUGGCCUGGUCAUCUUCACCGCCAACUCGCAUCCUUCGAGCCGCGAGCUGGGCAAGAGGAUUGCAGAGCGGUUGGGGGUGGAACUUGGCAAGGUGCAGGUGUACCAGGAAGCUAACAGAGAAACGCGGGUACAGAUCCAGGAGUCGGUGCGAGGCAAAGAUGUCUUUGUCAUCCAGACAGUGUCCAAGGAUGUGAACACCACCAUCAUGGAGAUGCUGAUCAUGGUGUAUGCGUGCAGGACAUCCUGUGCUAGAAGCAUCACAGGCGUCCUCCCAUACUUCCCCUACAGCAAGCAGUGUAAGAUGAGGAAGAGGGGCUCCAUCGUCUCCAAGCUGAUCGCCUCCAUGAUGUGUAAAGCUGGCCUCACCCACCUCAUCACGAUGGACCUCCAUCAGAAAGAGAUUCAAGGCUUCUUCAACAUCCCAGUGGACAAUCUGAGGGCUUCGCCUUUUCUGCUGCAAUACAUACAGGAAGAGAUCCCUGACUACAGAAAUGCUGUGAUUGUUGCCAAAUCUCCAGCUUCUGCCAAAAGGGCUCAGUCGUUUGCUGAGCGGUUACGUCUGGGUAUAGCAGUGAUCCACGGUGAAGCUCAGGACGCAGAGUCAGACCAGGUAGACGGUCGACAUUCCCCUCCCACCGUCAAGACCACUGGAGCCAUUCACCCCAGCAUGGAGAUACCAUUGUUGAUCCCUAAAGAGAAGCCUCCCAUCACGGUGGUUGGAGACGUAGGAGGACGCAUCGCCAUCAUAGUGGACGACAUCAUCGAUGACGUCGACAGUUUUGUGGCGGCAGCAGAGACGCUGAAGGAACGAGGAGCCUACAAGAUCUUUGUCAUGGCGACACACGGCAUCCUGUCCUCCGAGGCCCCCCGGUUCAUCGAGGAGUCGGCUAUAGACGAGGUGGUGGUGACCAACACGAUCCCCCACGAGCUCCAGAAGCUUCAGUGUCCGAAGAUCAAAACGGUGGACAUCAGCAUGAUCCUGUCGGAGGCCAUCAGACGCAUCCACAACGGAGAGUCCAUGUCGUAUCUGUUCCGCAACAUCGGCGUGGACGACUGAACGACACACACACACACACACACACACACACACAUGAAAACCAUUUGCCUUCUCAGACUCCAGGAACAUAGACAUGAAUGAUAGUGAAACACCUACUGUACCAUUACAUAUGAAUGCUAACCCCUAACAUAGAACACACAUAGAUGUCUGAACACAUUUCCACAGAGCAUCCAUAGCUGUGACUGAACACACACACACACACACACGCACACGCACACGCACACACACACACACACACACACACACACACACACACACGCACACGCACACACACUGCUCUGUGUCUGUAAUGGACGUUAAUGGACUACUGCCGAGCUCUCUAAUGGCUGCCCUCUUGUUAAAACAAAACAGUACAAACCUCAGAACCUUCUUUAGUUACCUCUACAUCUUGUCUACUUCUUUGUUUUUUUCUCUCCAUAGAUGUUGAAUAUGUGCAUGUUUAGAAAAUAUUCAUUAGCGCCGAAUGUCUCUUUCUGAUCUUGUUAGUGAAGCAGAUUGUACUGAUAGCGUGUCAGUGCCUUCUACAGGACAAAACAACACAAGCCUUCAUCGCUCUCACCUCAGCUAACGUUACUAACUCAUAACAUAUGCAGGUUUCCAGCUAAUUAACUUGCGUCGAGUUUCCAAGUGCAUGUUUCCAUCCAGAUUGGUUUUGUCUGUUUGUGUGGUUAGUUUAGACGUCGACCAGCUAGCCAUGUCUGCGUGGUUGCCAUUGCACUUCGAUGCUAAUCUGGUGUCAAAUCUACUAACUGCGAAACUGGAAAUAUUUACAAUCGGGUGUUAAAUUUAUUGGCAGUGCACCGAUGAAAUAUAAAUCAUCCGUAUAACAUUACGUGCCAUCAUUUCAAUACAUGUUUGAUAUUUGUUCACGCCACAGAGAAGUACUGUCCCUCUGGAUCUUAUAUUUAAAAAGUCUGUCUGUCAGAAAUGGAAGGUUUGUUCUUAAUAAUGUGGAAAGGGGUAAACAUAUCCUCGACCUUUUAGAUCACCGCGGACGAGAGCGAUUAAGUUUGCUUGAAUUAUCGGAGUUUUAAACUGUGGCUCAAGCUGGAAAACUGAAACUUUUUCUGACAAGAAAAAAACUUGACUGAAGCAGGUCUUUGUCACUUUGCCAGAUGUUCCAAAAAUGUUUUGUAUUUAUUUUCAACACUUAAUAAAUAUGAUGUACGAAAGUAA